GAUAGAGUGUGGAUAGCUCUAGCUGGUGUGGGUCAUAACCUCGAGGAACAACCGCAUCCCGCCGCAACCUCAGAAGACCGACGGAGUAGCAGCCCCUGUUCACCCACUGCUCAUCCGUUAUUGGUAAUGAAAAAGACCGGAGGUCAAAGGAGACUGCUCCGAGGAAGACUGAACUCGAGACAUCCACAUUAAAUCCGGUGUGAUAACGCUGGUGUCGUCACGAUCAUGAACGCAACGCGUUCCAAUUGGGCUGGAGGGGCAUGAUGUACAUGCCCCGAGCACUUGCGAAUCUCACUCUUCUGUUGCUCGGCGCCAGCAGAGCUGAAAGACCCCCGGAGCCUCCAGACGAUGGUCCACUGUGCCACAGCAAGUCGGCUAAGAACUCCGGAAACUCCGAGACUCGCAGGUCUGCUCCGGUAGAUUCAAUAGUAAACAGUCGUCGUGGCGAGACAUGAACC